UACCGGCGCCUUGCUAGCGAGCAGCAACCGUCCUCCGCUCGACCGUCCUGCCGUGGGACUCUUCUCCUCUGCGUUUCAAAGCUCAGGAAGCACGAUGGCUGAUAAGGCGGUUACUGUGAGAACCCGAAAGUUCAUGACCAACCGUCUGUUAUCAAGAAAACAAUUUGUCAUUGAUGUACUUCAUCCUGGAAGGCCAAACGUAUCCAAGGCGGAGCUUAAGGAGAAGCUAGCAAGGAUGUAUGAUGUCAAAGACCCCAAUGCAAUUUUUGUCUUCAAGUUUAGAACUCACUUUGGAGGCGGGAAAUCAACUGGAUUUGGUUUAAUUUAUGAUUCUGUUGAAAAUGCAAAGAAGUAUGAGCCCAAGUAUAGGCUUAUCAGGAAUGGACUCGCUACCAAGGUCGAGAAGUCUAGGAAGCAGCUUAAAGAGCGCAAGAAUCGUGCUAAGAAAGUCCGUGGAGUAAAGAAGACUAAGGCAUCUGAAGCUGCUAAGAAGAAGUGAGGUUUUAAAAAUGCUUCUAUGGUUUUUAAUGUCAAGUCCUCAGUAGAAUCGGUGUUCCUCAGUAGUAAUCAUUUUGGAUAUUUUAGCACUAUUGUUCUUUGCUUGCCAUUUUAGAUUUUGAGCUCCGGCAGUGAACUUUUUCGAGCAAUUAUACAAAACUUGCUCUCAAUUUUCAACUCUCUCUUUUCCCGUACCUAGGAGUGACUAUGUUGCUUUACAUGAAUAUAGACGAGUGAAUGAUAAUUUAUGCUAGUUUUUCAUGUCAUAAA